UCGUGGGUACGGAGCAUGUCUGAAGCUACAUAGCUACUAACUAGCAAUGUAUGAGUUUCACGAACUGUGCUGUUUGCUUAAUUAGCUUGUAGUUAUCUCAGUAAAAGCCGUUAAAUAUGUUAAGGUCCGUCGCCUGUUCGUGCAUGCGAAACGGGGGGAAAAUCUCUGUCCCUGUCGCUAAGUUGUCCCUCUUCUCGGUGGCUAAGAAGUGCCCCAGAGGUCUUAAUCUGACAGCGGUUCAGGACUUGUCACAGCACCGGUCGUUCAGGUUCAUCACACCAACUCCAUGGCAGCCUCCGAGGGGACUCACGGUCAGGUCUGUGUCCCUGUCAGAGGCCUCGCAGCGGGAUGCGGACCCACUGGACGCUCCCUCAGAACCAGCAGACAGGGCCAACUUCGGCUCCCUUUCCACCGACUUGUCCUCUAGGAGGUCGUUCAAAAAAAGCAGCCCAGAAAUCCAGGGUCUGCGACUUGAUGAUGAUGAUGAUGAGGAGGAGGAGGACUCGGUGAAAGCUCGCAGGAGGCCCGGGAGGAGGAACACACCGUACUGGUACUUCUUACAGUGCAAGAAGCUGAUCAAAGACAAGAAGCUGCAGGAGGCUUUGGAUUUGUUCAGCAGAGACAUGCUGCAGGGGGAGAGGCUGCAGCCGGAGGAGUACAACUACACUGUCCUGAUAGGAGGCUGUGGUCGAGCUGGACAACUCAAGAAGGCCUUCAGGCUCUACAAUGAUAUGAAGAAGCGAGGUCUCAGUGCUGUGGACGCGACCUACACUGCGCUGUUCAAUGCCUGCGCUGAGUCACCUUCAAAACAAGCCGGUCUUCAGCAAGCGUUGAAGUUAGAGCAAGAACUCCUUCGCAAAAACUACCCCCUCAGCACCAUCACAUACCACGCUCUCCUCAAGACACACGCCAUGACCAACCACCUUCAGGCCUGUAUUCACACGCUCAGGGAGAUGCUGCAGAAUGGACAUGUUGUAACUCAGGAGACAUUUCACUACCUGCUGAUGGGCUGCUUGAAGGACAAAGAAAUAGGAUUCAGACUGGCUCUACAGAUUUGGCGCCAGAUGCUGAAGUCAGGGAUUCUUCCUGACUCCAAGAACUAUAACCUGCUCUUGAGAACUGCAAGGGAUUGUGGAAUUGGUGAUCCGGCCCUGGCCACUGGUAUCCUGCUUAGGCCUGAGUGGGAGAACCAGAACGAGACAGAACAUGUGUCAAAUGUCAAGUCAGAGUCAGCAGUAAGGGAUGUAAUCAACAUUGACCUUCUGGAGAGGCAGUUGUUUCAACCUGAUGCGCACAGAGAAAGUGAGGAGUCCUUUAGCGGACAGGAAUCAACCCACCUGAUACCAGUCAGACAAAGAGAACACACCUCGCUGCCAGUUGACUUAGUGAAUUCCAAAGCCCCAAAUCUGCUGGACCUUUUUGAAGGGAGGAAGGGUGCUUUGGUCUCUUUUGGCACUGUGGAUGAAGCAUCUGAUAGGCUUGCCCUGAUCGGAGGAGCUAAAGGUUUUCUGGAGAAGAUGGUAGCUAACGGUCUCAGUCCAGACCUCAGAACUCUGACCCUGUUGGCCGAUAUGAUGGAGCCAGGCAACGAAUCUCUGCAGACGCUGCUGAGGGCCGGCAGGCAGCAUCACGUGAAGCUCAACGUUGUGUUCUUUAAUUCUGUGAUUUGCAGAACAGCCAGAGUUGGUGACCUGGAGGCAGCAAAGAGUGUGUUGAGUGUGAUGCGACAACGUAAUGUAAGUGUGGAUGUACGUACAUUUGGAGGCCUCGCGUUAGGCUGUGACCGACAGGAGGAUGGUCUGCAGCUGCUAAAGGACAUGGAGGAGGCGGGACUUAGGCCUAACGUCCAGGUGUUCUCUGCUUUAAUUGGCCAAGCAACUAAGAGGCUGGAUUACGUCUACCUUAAAACACUCCUUAAAAGUAUGAGCGACAUGAAGGUGUGGCCUAAUGAGGUCAUCAUCAGACAGCUGGAGUUUGCUGCACAGUAUCCUCCCAACUACAACCAGUACAAGUCCAGAAACAACUACCUGGUCCACAUUGAUGGUUUUCGUGGUUACUACCAGCAGUGGCUGAGAUCCAUGCCUGCUCAGGGUGUGGAGGAUGAACAGGCAGAACUGCAAACUGAAACAAGUGCUGCAGAUCUGAAAACAGAAGCUGCAGAUGGACUGACGCAGGCUCAGAGGAACCAGAGAACAGCAGCAAGGAGAUAUUAGUUUUGUAACAGGGACAAGACUGGCAGCACUGCUCUGUAACAGCACUGCUUGAAAUAUUUCCGAAUUUUGUCUGAAUGGACUUUUGUGUCAAAGUAGAAUCUCAUGUACCUCUUAUCAGUUACCUUUGUACAAUUUCAUUUAACAUAAAAGAUAAAAAAUAUUGUUAUUUAUAGUGAAAUAAACAUUAAUUCCAAGUUUCAAAACAGGAUUCCCGAGGAAUUAAACCUCCAUCUUGGUUUUAUUUUGAAACACUGAUUUUAGGGUCAUUUGCUGAUUGAACUAGAGCCAAAUGUCUCAGUAGAGUCAACUCUUUGAUGUGAGCAAACUGUACAACAAAUUUAAAUAAAACUAUAUA